GGAAGAGGGGAGUCUAAAACGCUGCGCUGUCUCUGCCUGGAUGGCAGAACGAAGGAAAAAAAUCCAUGUUCCUAUUAAACGUUUUCACAAAGAUAAGAAGCAGAAGUAGCCACAAACCGACUGUCCCUGAGCAUGGGCGCUGACAUGGACAAAGUAUGCUUGCCAAGGAACUAGUGCUUAAACAACGGACGACGAUACUGCAUGCACUGUGCAGCAGUGGGUCAACUGAACAUCUGGAAAGGAUUCUGGAUAUACUGCUCGCCCAGGGAGGACUGACAUGGGAGGACUACCAGAACAUACAGGUACUGGGAAGAGCGCUAUAUGCCAAUGCCAGACAGCUGCUUGACUUGGUUUAUACAAAGGGUGAGGACACAUGUGAGCUCUUUCUGGCUGCUCUCAAACUGGUCUUGCCUGAAGAGCAGGCAGCGGUCCUCUCCUUUUCUGAAUCCUGCUCAAAUCUCGAAGACAAAGAUGAAUAUCAGAGCACCUCUCAUCAUACCCUUCUGACUCAAAGGCCAAGCCUUGUCUACAAGCUUCAGGGCUGCAUUGAUGGUGCUCUGGAAACUCUGCUGGAUUUGGGUCACUUUUCUUCAUCUGAUUGUGAGGAAGUGCGGUUACCUAUAUACACUCCCACUCAACAGGCAAGGCGUCUGCUUGACCAGGUCAGAUCCAAAGGAGAUUCAGUGGCAACGGUUCUCCUGCAGUACAUUCACCAAAAACAAGAACCUGGAUCCGCGUUUAACCAGAGUAAUCUGACUCCUCCCAAAGAAGUCUUAAAGUACCAGAAGAAGCUGAGCAGCUCUGUGUCUGCCCAGGCCUGCUUUCUCAGUACUUAUGGCGGAACUAGCCACAUGCCUCUUGAGGACAUUUACAUUGAUGGUCAGCUAGAACUAGCUGAAGACUCCGUUAAUGCCCAAGGACCUUUGGGACUGGAAGACAUAGUAGGUUUGGCAGGCAUAGUCAAUAAGGAGGCUGACACAGUGAUUGUAUCUGGGGAGGCAGGCAGUGGAAAAAGCACCCUUCUCCAGAGGCUGCACUUGCUCUGGGCUCAAGGAGCAGCCCUUCGGGACUUUCUCCUUCUGUUUCCAUUCAGCUGUCGCAGGUUGAAUUCAGAGCACAAUGAACUGUCUGUCCAGGAGUUGCUGUUUCAGCACUGCUGCUGGCCAGACCGGGAGCAAGCAGAAAUUUUCCAGUUCAUCUUGGACCACCCGCAUCUCAUCCUGUUCACCUUCGAUGGCCUGGAUGAGCUCAAGCAGAGCUUUUCAGAUGAACAAAGAAUCUGCUGCCCCACCCAGCGUGCACCUGUUCAUAUACUAUUGUUCAACUUAAUCCAGGGUUCCCUCAUGAAGGGGGUGCAGAAAGUGGUCACUAGCCGUUCAGAGGCAGUGAGCCCAUUGUUAAAGAAGCACCUCCGCAAAGAGGUUGUCCUGAAAGGCUUUUCCCCAAAUGGGAUUGACUGUUUUGUGAAGAAGCACCACAGGGACCCAACUGUAGCUGCUAAGGUUUUAGAGUCCCUCCAGGCAAACACAGCUUUACUUGGACUAUGUCAUAGUCCAGUUCUUUGCUGGAUUGUCUCACAGUGCCAUAAGGAGCUGCUGGGCUGUGGAGAAGGCAGCCCCAAAACAAUUACAGACGUUUACCUGAUGAUCUUACAGCACUUUCUCCAGCACCAAAGCCCUCUGAGGAGCACCAUGGGUUCAGGUUGGCUACAAGAGCACUUAAAAACAGUGCUUCUUCUUGGGCAGCUUGCUUUUGAGGGGAUUACAACCACCUGUUAUAUCUUUUCAGGUACAGACCUAGAGGCAUGUGGUGUAACUGAAAAGGAUAUCUGCAUGGUUUUUCUGACAAAAAGCAAAGAUAUGUCCUCCACCCACUCUAAGUGCUAUGAAUUCCUCCAUAUGACAAUGCAAUGUUUCUUUGCUGCUCUUUUUAUUGUUUUGUCAAGUAACACUAACCGUUCAGUUAUUCCAAAGCUCUUUGAGCUAGAAAACAUGAGGGAGGCAGGUCUGAGCAGUGUGUGCUUCAGAGCCUGCUUGCCUUCCAGUGACCAACAACAGCAAGCUUUAGAGAAGGAAACUAAAGCAGCAGAGACACCAAAUCUGCAAAUCACAGCCAUGUUUGUGUCUGGACUAUUGUCCCAGCGCCAUCAAAAACUGUGGCUCCACUGCUGCCCCAGUGCUGUGGUGGAGAAAAAGGCCAGACAAGUGGCAAGAUGCCUUUCCAAAGGCAUGCAGAAACACUUUAGGUCCAUCCCCCAACCUGUUCAAGGGGAGAAGAAGAGCAUGCAUGCAAUGCCAGACUUUGUGUGGCUUAUAAAAUGUCUCUAUGAGAUGCAGGAGAGCCGGAUAGCUAAAGAUGCUAUGAGUAAGUUGGAGGUGGACCAUCUGAAAUUGACAUACUGUAAUAUCGGUCCUGUAGAGUGCACUGCACUCGCUUAUGUGCUCCAGCAUUUAAGAAACCCUGUAGGCCUCCAGCUGGACAACAACUCUGUGGGUGAUGUUGGAGUGGAACAGCUUCUUCCCUGCAUGCACAUUUGCAGUUCCCUUUACCUCAGAAAUAAUAACAUUACAGAUGAGGGUGUCCACAAACUGAUUGCUAAAAGCAUCCAGUGCGACAGCUUCCAGAAAAUUGCGCUCUUCAACAACAAACUAACUGAUGCUUGCAUGCAGAAUUUUUCACAUUUACUGAAGACCAAGCAGGAUUUCCUUUCUUUAAGGCUAGGCAACAAUAAUAUAACAGCAGAAGGAGCAAAGCAGCUGGCAGAGGGACUGAAAGCCAACCAUUCCUUGAAGUACUUGGGACUUUGGGGCAAUAAGAUAGGUGAUGAAGGAGCUGAGGCCCUUGCUAAUGGUCUGGAGAGCAAUAGCUCUCUGGUGUGGCUAAGCUUGGUGGGCAAUGGUGUUGGGAGUGCAGGAGCAUGUGCCCUGGCUAAUAUCAUCAGGGACAACACAUCACUGGAGGAACUUUGGUUGACAGAGAAUUGCAUAACCAAAAUGGGCGUGGAAUGUCUGAUUGAAGCCCUCAAACACAAUAGACAUGUAACGUCAAUAUGGUUGAGAAACAAUGCCCUCAGUCUGGAAGAAGUAGAAGAAAUGAAGCAACGUGAAUCAAGACUGAUUUUCUGAUUUAUAUUUUGCUGGUUAAAGACUGUAUUCUACAACAAAAUGUGUUUUAUUUAUUACAGGAAACAGUUUCUAUUUAAAUGUGAGAUGUAAAAAGUGUGAAUUUUUAUUUUUAAGUUUAUAAUUUUGUUCUGGGUUUAUCUAAGUUUGGAAAAUACAUUUGUAUUAGAUUUUUAUAGGUGCAAGUGGCACUGUCAUUGCUUUAUACGAUAACAAAUACCACUAUUAACAUCACCACCACAACUGCUACUACUCACAGUGAUAAUGGAGUGCCUUAGGCCUUUUAUCCUCCUUUGUGCGCCCAUCUUCUAGAAACCUUGGCGUCAUUUUUGAUACUGCUCUGAAAUUUGAUAAACAGAUUAGCUUGGUAGUCAAGACAUGUUUCUUUCAUUUAAGACUUUUAAGUAAAAUAAAGGGAUAUCUCCCGCCACCGGACCUGGAGAGAGCAAUUCAUGCCUUCAUCACCAGUCGUCUGGACUAUUGCAACUCGCUUUAUGUGGGAUGUGAACAGCGUCUUUCCAAUCGUCUACAACUAGUUCAAAAUGCAGCAGCACGGCUGUUGACAGGCACUAAACGGCGUGAUCACAUUUCGCCCAUUUUAGCCUCUCUACAUUGGCUUCCUAUUUCUUUUCGAAUCCAGUUUAAAAUGCUAUUUCUGGUUUUUAAGAGUUUAAACGGAUUAGCACCUGUAUAUUUAACUGAAUUGUUGAGGCCCUACAUCCCGAUUAGAGAACUGAGGUCCUCCGAUCAAAAGCUUUUGACCAGAUAUAAAUCUAAUUUGAAGAGUAGAGGGGAUAGAGCCUUUGCCGUGGUUGCCCCUAAACUCUGGAAUGACCUCCCUCUCCACAUAAGAGAAGUUCAUUCCCCUACUACUUUUAAAAAACUUAAUAAAACUUAUUUAUUUGCAUGUGCAUUUCAGACUUGUAGAUAGAUCUUCUUGGCAUUACUAUUGGCACUACUAUUACAGUCCUUCAUUGUUUAUGGUUUUAUUAUGUUUUUAUUUUUGUUUUAUGUUCUUAUGUUUUAUAUUAUUUUAUUUGUUUUAUGCCCUGUGAAGCACUUUGGUCAGCGG